AUGAGCCGUGGUGGAAGCACAACACUGUAUGUCUCAGGCUUCGGCCAGGGCACACGCGCACGCGACCUCGCCUUCGAAUUCGAGCGCUUCGCCUUCGUGGAGUACGAGAGCCGCCGCGACGCUGAUGAUGCGUACCAUGAGAUGCAUAACAUGCGCAUCGGUCGUGAUGACGUGCUGAAGAUUGAGUGGGCCCGCACACCUCCAUCAGCCAGCUGGCGCUUCGAUGCCGGCCGCGACCGCCCAAGCAGCGAUCGCCGCAGCGAUCGUGGUAGUGAGCGCCGUGAGCGCUCGCCUCGUCGGUCUAGGACUCCACCGCGUCGCGAGCGCCGUGAUGACGAUGACCGCCGUGAUCGUGAUCGUGAUCGCGAUCGUGACCCCGAUAGGCGCGAUCGCGAAAGGCGUGAUCGGACUCGCAGCCCAGAGGACCGUGAUCGCGACCGCGACAUGAAGGAUAGGGACCAUGAAGAUGACCGCGACCGUGUGCGCGAUCGUGAUGGUGACCACGAGCGUGAAAACGGCGCAAAUGGGGAUGAUCGCAAGGAAGAGCGCGAGGAGCGUCCUGAGGCCCAUGAUGAUCUGGAUACUGCCGAGUAG